AUGGAGUCCAAAUCUAGCCCUAUCUCCACUGAAGAGUCCCCGUCCCACACAACUGGGGAAGUUCUCCACGCUUCAUCAAAGUGGGGAUACUGGAAACACUAUCUGACUAGUAGAGAUGGCUGGAUCGGUGAUUAUGACUACAUGUACCUGAUUACACCCAAUAUUUACCCUCUUAAUAAGCGCUACAAAGGCGCCGAACCACCAUUCUAUGGCCUCAAUGACGAGGUUCCAAUCUUACUAACCAUCAUCCUGGGCCUGCAACAUGCCCUAACCAUGAUCGGUUCGGUGGUUUCUCCUCCUUUGGCCCUCGCAAGUGGUGCCUUCUAUCUGAAUUCCGUACAAUCGCAGUACCUCGUCUCUGCAGCAUUCAUCACUACCGGCAUCGCCACAGCAUUGCAGGUAACUCGGGUACACCUCUUCAAAUCACCAUUAUACAUUGGCACAGGACUGCUAUCCGUAGUCGGUCCCACAUUCGAUGUCAUCGCUGUUGCCAUGAACUACGCAGACACCAGGUACAAUAACGGCUCAUGCCCGACAGACGAGAAUGGAUCGCGUCUCCCGUGUCCCGAAGCAUGGGGUGCUGUGCUAGGUACCUGUUUGUGUACGGUCUGGAUACAGAUCCUCAUGUCCCUAGUACCUCCAAAGGUGCUGAAUCGCAUCUUCCCCAAGGUAGUCACGGGAAGUCUCCUGCUCCUGGUUGGAGUAUACCUUAUCUCAAGUGGGAUGGAGAACUGGGGUGGGAGCUCAAACUGUGAUGGUGGGACUGGGUAUUAUGCCCUCUGUCCUAAUGUGGAUGCUCCAAGGCCACUGCCAUGGGGCGAUCCCAAAUUAAUCGGCCUCGGCUUCAGCGUCUUCGCGACCAUCAUAAUUGUCGAGUUCGUUGGCUCCCCACUCAUGAAAUCCGCCUCUGUCAUCCUAGGCCUAGCAGUUGGCUGUGCCAUUUCCGGCGCAACAGGCUACUGGUCUCGCGGCGAAAUUGAAGCUGCACCCGUGGGAACAUUUCUAUGGGUACACACCUUCCCGUUGUCCGUUGACGGGGCACUCGUUCUCCCGCUACUUAUUAUGUUUGUGUGCGAAGCCGUCAGCUGCAUGCCGGACAUUCUGGCCACGGCGGAGAUUUCUCGCGUGGAUAUCGAAGGACGGGAGUUUCAUAGUCGCAUUCAGGGUGGAAUCUUAUGUGAUGGACUAGGAAGUCUGAUCAGUGCGUUAGGAACUGGACUCCCCAUGGUUAGUCAGGCGGGAAAUAAUGGGGUUAUUUCGUUGACUGGAUGCGCUAGCCGACGAGCAGGAUGGUGUGCCUCUGCCUUCCUCCUUCUGAUGGGCAUCUUUGGUAAAUUCGGCGCUGUCUUCGGAUCCAUGCCCCCUUCUGUGCUCGGAGGAAUGCAGGUGUUCCUGUAUAGCACGAUCGUGGUGGCUGGUGCGCGCGUCCUCGGUCUGGUGGAUUUCAAUCGACGCAAUAGGUUUAUUCUCACUGCAUCAUUGGGAAUCGGCAUGAUGGAUAUUGUCUCCCCGAACUGGUUCAGUUCUGUGUUGGCGUAUAGCGGACCGAAUGUGCAUUUACAGGGGUUUGAGCAGGGGAUAAAUCUGAUUGUUGAGACGCCGUUUAUUAUUGCUGCGGUGGUGGGUGUGGUGCUGAAUCUGGUGUUGAAGGAGGGUGAGAAGGUGGAUACGGUGUUGCCUUAG